AUGGACAACCUCGGUGACGUUUGCUUCUGGCCGGACGAAGAUAUCCUGGAAAACCUCGGCGACAUCGGCGAUCCAGAGCUGCUGGGAGGCCUCGGGGGCGACGAGUUCGCGGGGCUGCUGGACGAGUACUGCGGCGGCGGCGCCCUGGAUCACACCGGCACCUCCCACCAGCAGCAGCAUGCGCCGCAGGCUCCCGCGCACCCGCCCACGGGGGCGCCGCGGCACCACCUGACGCACGGGCCACCGCCUGCGGCGCGGCAGCACGCGCCGCAGCACGCCCCGCCCGCCGCGCUGCGCGUCGACACGUCCAUGGCCCAGCAGCGGCCGUCUCCGAGCGGGUCCGCGCGGGACCUGCGCGUGCACGUGCCGCCGCGGAGUCCCGGCGCGUCCUCGCUGGGCGGGUCGGAGCGGCGGCACUCGGCGGCCGAGCGCCCCGACACGCCCAUCCUGCACUCGCACGGGACGCGGCAGCGGGCGCAGGUGCAGGCGAUGCUGGGGAUCGACGACGUCGAGGUGCAGGAGCUGCAGGCGAAGCCGCACCCGGCCAAGUCGCGGCUGCGGUGGACGCCCGAGCUGCACGAGCUGUUUGUCAAGGCCUGCGCGGAGCUCGGGGGCGCCGCCAAGGCCACGCCCAAGGGCAUCCUGCAGCGCAUGGGCGUCGACGGCCUCACGAUCUUCCACAUCAAGUCGCACCUGCAGAAGUUCCGCCUCUCGAGCCGCCCGUCCUCGAGUGGCCGCUCCGGGGCCGCGCAGUCGGGCGGCAGUUCCCGCAAGCGUCCGCGCGACACCUCGGCGGCGGAGAACGCCACCCAGGAGCCGUCGCAGCAGGUGCUGCGGGAACGGGAGGCGAGCGGGCGCGGAGGCGAGGCGCAGGCCGGCGCGGCGGCGCCGAUGCACGACGCGGCGAUCAAGAAGACCGCGGAGCUGCAGGGCGCCAGUCCGACGAUGAGCACGUCCCACGAUGCGGUGCCGUUCUUGCGCCCGCCCGGGCAGGAAUCUGCGCGCCGCCCGCCCGCGCACGAUCCACGGCAGGGUGCGGCGCACGAGCAGCCGGCGGAACCCCAGCAGCGGAGGGAGGCAGCCGGACAGCCCGGGCCAGCACCCCACGCGCGUGUCCGCACUCCGACGGAGGACCAAGCCGGCCCUUCUGGCCACCAGGACGCGCCGCGGUCGGCGCACGGGUCCCGGGAGCCCCUGGCGGAAGCGGCCAGCGUGGCAGAGCGCCAGGGCACCGCUGCGCCCCCCGGCGACCUCCUCGGUGCGGCGCUGGGCACGCAGCGGCUGCUGUCGAAGCAGCUGUCGGACCUGCAGGGGCACAUCAAGCAGACGAUGACUGCUGCAGACACCGGCAUGCAGGCCGCGCAGCCGGACCUGUCGCACGCGCACGCCGACCCCGCCACCAAGGCACAGCACAUCGCCAACCUCGAGCAGGCUCUGCGUCGCCAGUACGAGCUCCAGAAGAAGCUGCACCAGCAGCUCCAGCUGCAGAAGCACUUGCAGCACAACAUCGAGGCCAACUCCAAGCUCAUCACGCAGCUGAUCCAGAUGGCGAGAGGCACGGAAGGCGAACAGCCCGGUGUCGAUAUCGACGCCCUGCUCGCAUCGGCUGGUAUUGACAACCAGGGAGUGCAGGACGCCACGCUGGCGAUCGCGCACUCGACGGCGGACAGGAAGGACCCGCUCGCGCCGCAGCAAGGACAGACAGCGCAACCACCAGUGGACGGCUGA